AUGGACAAGCAAGAAGUGUAUCGCCCGAUCAACACACUGGGCGAGGACCCCGAGCGAUGGGGUGCCAUCAAGACAAAGCUGCCCCGAAUCGAACUUCUCAGACUCUGGCGUUGCGAAUGGGAGACUGAGCGAUUGCACUCCCAGGUUUUUCUCUAUGUCACUCUCACAUUUGGGUCGGCGAUCAAGCUGAAACUCUUUUAUGUGGCCUUCCGGUCUGUGGUUGUGUUUGGGCGACUCAUGCGUGCUCUCCCCCGCCUCUCCUCCCUUGCGUUCCAUAGGGUGCAGUUCAAGAGGGGCUAUCAUGUCGCAGGCGCAGUACGAAUGCCAGGUUCCCGCCGACUCGACGCCGCCGAUCUGCGUUACAGCGAUGACAUAUCUGACUUCUUCGUGUCGAUUGGCGCGCACCUUCGGCAUCUCACCUGCUAUAGAAGGGACUUCGAGAAGCAUUCGGAGCUGCUCACUGUGUCCGCCGAGUCACUCUUGUUCCUCAAGAUUUACUUGCGAAUCGAUCUCACACCCGCGGUGAACUUGCGCAUCCUGUCGGUCAAUGGAAAUCUAGAUGACAUAGCCAAGGCAGUCAGUGUCUUGCUUCGCAUGUCUGUACCGAAGCUAGUCGAGGUCACCGUUGGAUCGUGGCUACUCUAUGUGAAAACACCUGUCUCCGUCCAGGAUAUAUUGAAUACUGUCUACGAUGAUUGUUUUGUACAGAUGGAUCACACCCUUUCCGGCAAGCAGUUUCCCGCUCUCGGAAAAAUCACCUUCCUCCUUCGCUAUGUCGGACGCAGGUCUGUCAGCGAGGUGAUGGAUGUCAUAUUCGAAAGCUCUUGGGGAACACUGCUCGCGUCAAACCUCCCGGCACUGCAUGCCAGUGGUGGCGUCUUGUAA